UUUUUAUUUUUAGUAAACGUAUCUUCUAUAUUUUCAUUUGUCUUUCAUUUCUCUUCCAAUCACUAUUAAAAUUGCGUCCAUAAAAAAAAACAAUCAAAAUUGAUUCAGAAAAAAAAUUAAAUAACGGCACAUCAACUUUUUCUUUAAUUUCUCCUCCUAAAAAAAAUAAAUCUAUUUCUUCUCCACCUACCUGAAUUACUUUUCUCAGUCUGUAGCAAGAAAUUAAAGUGAUAAAACUUAAACAUGUCUAAAGACCAAAAAGUAGCCCUUCUAAGAAAGAAUGAUGGUGGGGAAGAACAAGAACAUAAAUCAGAAAAAGAGUUGCAAAACUAUGGGGAUGAUGAAAGUACAAUUAUAAAGAGAGGAUGGGUUGAAUCUAAAAAGCUAUGGCAUGUAGUUGGUCCAUCAAUUAUAAGUAGACUAUGUUCAUACACUAUGUUGGUUGUCACUCAAUCUUUCGCCGGACAUCUCGGCGACCUUGAAUUGGCCGCCGUUUCCAUUGGCUGUAAUGUCAUUGUUGGUUUAGACUUCGGUCUUCUGUUGGGAAUGGCAAGUGCAUUGGAGACGUUAUGUGGGCAAGCAUACGGAGCAAAAAAGUACUACAUGUUAGGAGUAUACAUGCAAAGGUCAUGGAUUGUACUCUUCGUAUGUUGCAUCCUUUUGUUACCCUUGUACAUAUUCGCCGCCCCAAUGUUGAAGCUAUUAGGCCAACCGGAAGACGUAGCCGAUUUAGCCGGCGUGGUGUCGAUGUGGAUGUUACCACUUCACUUCAGCUUCGCCUUUCAAUUUCCGUUACAAAGAUUCCUACAAUGCCAACUUAAAGCCGGCAUUGUAGCUUGGGUCUCAGUGGUUGCAUUGUUGGUGCAAUUAUUGGCGUCAUGGUUGUUUGUAUCAGUACUUAAGUGUGGCAUAAUUGGUGUAGCCGUCACCCAAAAUUUUGGGUGGUGGGUCUUGGUUUUCGGGCUAUUUGGUUACACUGCUUUUGGUGGGUGUCCUCUUACUUGGGUCGGUUUCUCUAUGGAAGCUUUUUCGGGUCUUUGGGACUUUCUUAAGCUUUCUAUUGCUUCUGGUGUCAUGCUUUGCUUGGAGAAUUGGUACUACAAAAUAUUGAUAUUAUUGACCGGAAAUUUAGAGAAUGCUGAGAUUGCCAUAGAUGCCUUAUCAAUAUGUAUGAGCAUCAACGGUUGGGAAUUGAUGAUUCCUCUGGCCUUCUUCGCUGGCACCGGAGUAAGGGUUGCCAAUGAGCUUGGAGCUGGAAAUGGAAAAGGAGCUAAAUUUGCAACCUUAGUUUCAGUGACUACUUCAACUGUCAUUGGAUUUUUCUUUUGGUUGUUGGUCUUAUUUUUCCAUGAAAAGAUUGCUUUUAUUUUCUCCACCAGCCCACCUGUUGUUGAGGAGGUCAAGAAACUUUCUGUGCUAUUGGCCUUCACCAUCCUGCUCAAUAGUGUUCAGCCCGUUCUGUCUGGUGUUGCGGUAGGAUCGGGUUGGCAAAGUACAGUAGCUUACGUAAAUCUCGGGUCCUACUAUUUACUUGGUGUACCACUUGGAUUUUUGAUGGGGUGGCAAUUUAAUCUUGGGGUUAUGGGUAUUUGGGCCGGAAUGAUUUUUGGUGGAACAGCUGUUCAAACAGCAAUAUUAGCUAUUAUCACACUUCGUUGUGAUUGGGAGAAAGAAGUAAUGCAAUACUCUCCUUGUCUCUCUCGACUUAUAUUGAUUUUCGUUUUAGUUUGUCUAUUGAAAACAAUCUCUUUGUUAUCACUAAUAAGGAUUAGAUUGCUUCUUAAGUGGAAGCCACUUAAUAGUAUUGGAGAAAAUUCCCUCGAAAUAUAUUAUGGCAAUGAGUGGAUAGAUCAUUCUAGGUUUCUAACCCUUUAUAAUAAAAUUUUCAGGCUCAGAAGGCGAGCAUGCAUGUAGAGAAGUGGUCAGCGAACAUCUAACAAAGUUUGGAAACUGAUAAGCCGAAAUAUCAAGAAAAGAAAUGAGAAUUUUUAAUUUUUGGCAAACUACUUAUUGUACUUACAAUUUCUAUCACCACCAAAAAUGAAGGAUAGAAAAGUAUUAAUCUCAUGAUAAGUAACAAGCUUAAAUAAUUAUAAUAUUCGGUUGAUGAUGAUGAUAAUGAAUUAAUGAUAAUGUAAUCGAUUUUGUCGCAAUGAAGAUUGCAUUAAUUCAAGUUCAUCUUUCUUGAAUAUAGGACGUAGGUGUCAUAAGGAUAUUUUUUGAAAAAGUACGUGACUUGAGACUUGUGUAAAAGAGUUUAUUUUUAAAGAUUAGAAGUAAUAAACUAUGAUUAGUAGACCUUAAACAUGUAUUGUUGAGUGGUAAAGAGCACUCCAAGUCACGAAGGAGACACUCUUAUUGUGUGCAUAAAACAAGUGUAUGGCGUGUGUCACAUGGGUUUGUCAUUUAUGAUUAAGGCAAUGUAGCACACAACAAGCUAGAUCAAGAUAUGAGGGCAUAGGGGAGACUAUAAGGGACCUUGAAGACUGUGCAACAAAGCUGAAAAAAACAACAGAAGGCAGAUGGCAGCCACUCGACCGAGCUUAUGCAGGCCCCCCUUUUCGCGCAUGCUACUUGUUUGUUUCUGUUUUGAUCCAUUACUUCCUAAGUCCUCUGUUGCCUAUAUAUGUGUAUAUGUUGUAUGUGUUGAUGUAGAACGAAGCUAAAAGCUAGAGUCUCCCAUUCUUCAUCCUCACCAUACUCUCUUUAAUUCUCUAUUUAAUGGAUAGCUUACACGUACUAACUCCAUUGAUGUAAUUCCUUCAACAUUGUAAUGAGUUUUCAAGCUUCUCUAUCCUUUAAACAUAUAAUGAUCAUUAAUGGUGAACCACCUUAA